CCGGUGCUUGCAGGUCAGCUCAGCCAUUGAAAGCGCAGGCGCCGCGGACAGCGACGUGCGCGGGGUGGUCACUGGCCAGUUGUCACUGGAUCCAUCCCGGCAUCCAGCGGAUGAAUUGGAUCGCGCGUCCGAUCGAUCGUCUCCCUCCCCUUCGCCUCUCUCCUCUACUCUCCUCUCCUCCCGCUGGAGCCAAGAGGGGGGAAAAAAGAAAUCCCCAGGCAAGCUCGUCUUCGGAAUAAAAUCACGCCGUGAUCCGCGCAAGUUGCUGCGCGUGCUCCAUGCGGCGCUCUAGUUAAACUGCUCGGCAGUCAGCGGCGGCGAGCAUAAGAUCGGCAGCCAGGUCACCAGGAGGCAGGAGGCAGCCAGCCAGUGAGCCAGUUGAGUUCUACGGGAGUCGGGAGCUGAAGAGGAUGGCCGCCGCCGCCGUUCGCCCUGCCCUGCCCCAAGCAGGGCCAGAGCACAGAGCUUCACUGCUCUGCACGCCCAAGCACAGGGUCGCUGCCGGUGGGAGGAGGAGCCUGAGCUUCGCCGCGAGGGCCGGCCUGAGCUCGGGUGCCAAGGUGAGCAUCCCGAAGCAGUGGUACAACCUCGUCGCCGACCUGCCAGUGAAGCCGCCGCCGCCGCUGCACCCGCAGACGCACCAGCCCCUGGAUCCCAGCGACCUGGCCCCCCUGUUCCCCGACGAGCUGAUCCGGCAGGAGGUCACCGACGAGCGGUUCGUCGACAUACCCGAGGAGGUCGUCGACGUGUACGAGCUCUGGCGCCCGACGCCGCUCAUCAGGGCCAGGAGGCUGGAGAAGCUGCUCGGCACGCCGGCGAAGAUCUACUACAAGUACGAGGGGACCAGCCCGGCGGGGUCGCACAAGCCCAACACCGCCGUGCCGCAGGCGUGGUACAACGCCGCGGCGGGGGUCAAGAACGUGGUCACCGAGACCGGCGCCGGCCAGUGGGGCAGCGCGCUCUCCUUCGCCAGCAGCCUCUUCGGCCUCAACUGCGAGGUGUGGCAGGUGCGCGCGUCGUUCGACCAGAAGCCGUACCGGAGGCUGAUGAUGGAGACGUGGGGCGCCAAGGUGCACCCGUCGCCGUCGGAGGCGACGGCGGCCGGCAGGGGGAUUCUGGCGGCGGACCCGGCCAGCCCGGGCAGCCUUGGGAUCGCCAUCUCGGAGGCGGUGGAGGUGGCGGCCACCAACGCCGACACCAAGUACUGCCUGGGCAGCGUGCUCAACCACGUCCUGCUCCACCAGACCGUCAUCGGCGAGGAGUGCCUGGAGCAGCUGGCGGCGCUCGGCGAGGCGCCCGACGUCGUGAUCGGAUGCACCGGCGGCGGGUCCAACUUCGGCGGGCUCGCGUUCCCGUUCAUGCGCGAGAAGCUCGCCGGCCGGAUGAGCCCGGAGUUCAGGGCCGUGGAGCCCGCGGCGUGCCCCACGCUCACCAAGGGCGUCUACGCCUACGACUUCGGCGACACGGCCGGGCUCACGCCGCUGAUGAAGAUGCACACGCUCGGCCACGGCUUCGUCCCCGACCCGAUCCACGCAGGUGGGCUUCGCUACCAUGGAAUGGCACCUCUGAUCUCGCACGUGUACGAGCUGGGGUUCAUGGACGCCGUCGCCAUACAGCAGACUGAAUGCUUCCAAGCGGCGUUGCAAUUCGCCCGGACGGAGGGCAUCAUCCCAGCGCCGGAGCCGACGCACGCGAUCGCGGCGGCGAUCCGGGAGGCGCUGGAGUGCAAGAAGACCGGGGAGGCGAAGGUCAUCCUGAUGGCCAUGUGCGGCCACGGCCACUUCGACCUCGCCGCGUACGAGAAGUACCUGAGGGGCGACAUGGUCGACCUGUCGCACCCGGCCGACAAGCUGGAGGCGUCCCUCGCCGCCGUGCCCAAAAUCUGAAGAUGUUGGCCGAGAGAUAGCUGUGACUGGAAUGGAACAAAUAAACGAUUGACAUCGCGUUCUUGAAUUUUGUGAUGAUCCAUCAGGUGUGGACGUUGGGAUAUUUGUGAGAUCCAAAUCCAAAUAAUGAAAUGAAGGAAUAAAUUUUUUCGAUAAAAA